CGAAUCUUCACUCGCUCUCACAUACUAUCGGUCACCUCUCUCUACAGCUAUCCCUUCGUAUAUGGUCUCGGCUAUGUUCAACAUUCAACGGUCGUGGACUCUCUAUUUUAUUUUUUCACGUCCUCGUCUUCAGAUGGUCUAUGAUCGGUGUCUAAAGCGGUUAUGAAAGUCGGGAAUAAGACUGUAGAUGCUGUAUAAAGGGAUUGGAGAUGCAACGUAUAGAGGACUUUGGGUGCUACAUUUCGCUUCCCGACUCUGACACCACCUUGUCGUUCUGUCUUCGCCGUCCGCAUCUCCCUUUCGGGUACAAAUCAGGUGAGUCGCGCUAUAUACUGAGGAAUUUGCAUGACGAGUCUCGCGUCUAUUCGGAAUUACUUCUCGCGCACGUCACAUGGGGAACGCAGGAGAUACCGCACACCAUCGCUCUUGAUGUUUCUCGGACCUUACGAAAGCUUUCCCUCCCUAUAAGUCAACUGACCGGCUGUCCUUCUUUGAUCACCUCUUACUCCUCUCCACAUGUCUACGCAAGCGAACACAUUACCGCGGUCCGCCAUUGUGACUGGCGCAGCCCAAGGUAUCGGUCGGGCUAUCGCUGAAAGACUAGCCCAGGAUGGCCUCAAUGUCCUCAUCAACGACGUCCCGUCCAAGGAAGAUAUGCUUUCAGAGUUCAAGAGCGCACUCGCAGACGCUCAUCCGUCGCAAAGCUUUGUCAUUUUCGCCGGUGAUGUGUCGAAGGAGGAGGACGUCAAGCACAUGGUCGAGGCGGCUGUGGAAAUAUUCGGAGGAUUGGACGUGAUCGUCGCAAAUGCUGGAAUAGGCGGGGCUCUUUCCUUCUUUGUCGACACACCCGUCGAACAGCUCGACAAGGUCAUUUCUGUCAAUUUGCGGGGCGUAUACCUUUGCUAUCAAUACGCUGCCAGACAAAUGAUCAAGCAAGGACGGGGAGGAAAGAUCAUUGGAGCGUGCUCGCUUGCCGGAAAGAAAGGAAUGGCCUUGGCCAGUGCGUACGCCAGCAGCAAAUUUGCUGUCCGUGGCCUUACUCAAUCCGUCGCCACCGAGCUUGGACAAUACGGGAUCAACGUGAACGCAUAUGCCCCGGGCUAUUUCCCCACUCCCAUGGUCGAGGCUGCCGCAGCGGAAUGCCCCGGCGGACCUGAUGCUUUCAUUGCCGCUCAAGCCUCAGUUCUCAACAGACCCGGAAGACUGGAAGAGAUCGCAGCUGCUGUAUCUUUCUUGGCUUCUGAGGGCUCUAGUUAUAUGACAGGGCAAACGAUUACAGUUGAUGGUGGUAGGCAUUUCGAUUGAUUUUUGCAAGUACUUAAUGUGCAGACAUCAAAACUUCAGUGGCGCGGUGAAAAGUUCAAGGUUCGCGAAAUGAUGGCUUAACUUGGACUCGGAGUUAUUGAGUAGCAUCAAUAUUGAGACCUUUAUUGAGGAGGAGAAUGAACCUUGAUAUUUGGCCCUACGGUAGAGACCCGAGCUCGAGAAUGCCGGUAGUGAUGAGGUGGCCCAGCGUCCGAGCGUAGUUAAGCCAUGAUCAAGUCCGCUCGGCAAGUGCCGGUGUUCCGUUCCACGCGCCACACUCAUUUUCUUUGACCACUCUACCACGGUCGGGUUCAUGUUGUCUCUCUUCGCUUUCACUCAAACAAACUCGGGCUCAUUCGCCUUACCUAUCUGUUAAAUACUAACAAUGUCCUCGAGACCUGUACGAGUGCAUAGCGAUGUAGAUUCCAAAAUCCACAUGUUGGCCGAACCGCAGCAGGCUCUCCUAAUCUUUCAAACAUUGUUUUCAGCCCUCAGCGCUCAGCCGCAGCACGCCUGCUCGAUCCUGGGCGGGACGAAUGAAAUACGCAGCACCUUUUAGACUCUAGCAAAGCCAUGGGUUGUCAUGCUCAGCGUUCUCUACCUUUCCUCGUCCUUCCUACUCCCGACUCCAGCCAUGUCGCGCUGCAGCUAUACACUGCUCCUCUCAUUUCUUAUCCUCGGAAAUAUCUCGACGGUCUGCUCUAUUCUGAGCCAAUCUUAUCAAUCCACCUCGAUAAUCAAUGUCCCCCUCACCAUUCAAGUUGCCUACAACUCCUCUUCAGACAACUCAUCGUCUUCAUCCACGAGUAACGGUCACUUCUUCACCUGUCCCCGCGGAAGCGACGCCUACGCGACCGCGCCUACAAUAUACGACACAUCCGGCGAGCUCAUCUGGUUCGGUUCCGAGUUUGGCGAUUGUUUCGAUUUGAAUGUGCAGUAUUAUAAUGGCCAGGCGGUCUUGACGGUUUGGAAUGGGACGGAUGAUUCGGCGGGUUACGGAAAUGGCAUGGGAAGGAUCGUCGACAGCACGUAUACCACAAUAGCUACCGUUGCCUGCGAUUCAGAUACCAACUCAGACCUUCACGAGUUCAACAUCCCAGAGGACACAAAUACUACCGCGAUAAUGACGACCUACUACCCUAUCCAAUGGGACCUCUCAUCCGUUGGCGGCUCAACCGAAGGAUGGAUGCUCACUUCGGGGUUCCAGGAGAUCAAUAUCGCCGAUGGAAGCGUUGUAUUCAAUUGGAGCGCGGCUGAUCAUAUGGACCUUACUGAGAGUUAUAACACCAUAAACUCGACGGGCGGUAGCGAGGACGAUACUUGGGACCCGUUCCACAUCAACUCGAUUACAAAAGACGCGGAGGGCAAUUACUUGAUCUCGUCACGACACUACCACCAAAUCCUGAAAGUAUCAGCUACGACUGGUGAAGUCCUAUGGACAGUCGGUGGUAUGACCUCGAAUUUUACAUUGGACGACGACUCAACGUUCUACUGGCAGCAUCACGCGCGAUGGUACGAUGACUAUACAAAGGUUUCUAUAUUCGAUAACGGUGCCACAAAUUGGAACGUCGCCGAAGCCUCCGCACGGGGUAUGACCCUUGAGAUUGACCAAGAUGCUAUGACGGCUACGUUCGUCAACGAAUACCUUCCUAUUGUUACGGUCCAGAAUUAUUCGUGCAGUCAAGGAAGCAUUCAGAUGCUCGAUGAUGGAAAUGUAGUGGUCGGUUAUGGGAGCAAUCCGUGGAUUGGGGAAUAUACGUCAGAUGGCAGCGUUAUAUUUUUUGCAACACUCGGAAAGGAUGGAGAGGAAGGCAAUUCUCCGAUGCAGAACUAUCGCGUGUUCAAGGUCUCCAGCUGGGUCGGAACACCUGCUACUUCGCCCGACAUCGCAGUAUCAGGUGCUCAGGACGAUAUAACGAUCUACGUCUCCUGGAACGGUGCCACCGAAGUCUCGUCCUAUGCCUACUAUACUUCCACCAGCUCCAGCUCCUCCCUAACCUCUAGUCUGAAUGUCACUCGAGCAGGGUUUGAAACAUCCUGGACGGACAACUCGACUUCGCCUUCCUACAUCCGCGUUGCUGCCCUUGCUGCCAAUGGCUCUGUACUCGGCUGGACAGAAACUAUCACCGUCGAUGGCAGUGGGACCUCUGAUGCUAGUGGAACUGAUUCAACCUCGGGAGCGAUGACCUUAGUCGCCGGACUGAGUCUGACAGGUGUCGGAGGUAUGACGGUGACGGCGACGGGUGGGGCAGUGGCAGUUGUGGGCAUCGUUAUUGGAGAGUUAUCAUAUUGGCUAGACGAGCUGUUGGGCGAUUGGUUGCUGUAGAAGUGCAUGCAGUUGCGAGGUCUGCUGUUGUAUGAUUUGAGA